AUGAAGAGCAGCAAACCAGUACAUCUGCGCGAAGUCUGGGCAGACAACCUCGUAUAUGAGUUUUUUCUAAUCAAAGAAGCGAUCUCUCGCUUCCCCUUGGUUGCUUUGGACACAGAAUUCCCUGGUACUAUCUUUCAAUUAAAUCGUGACAAGAGUUGGCUGUCUCAUGCCACUCCCUAUGAAAACUACUGUCUCAUGAAGUGGAAUGUUGAUCUCUUGAAAAUAAUUCAACUUGGGAUGGCUCUUUCUGAUUCACAUGGAAAUCUUCCAAGUUUCGGAACAGAAUUCCACUAUGCGUGGCAGUUUAAUUUCCGGGAUUUCAAUAUCAAGCACGAUCAUCACAAUGAAGAGUCUAUUGGGUUACUUGAACGCCAAGAGUUGCCAAGUGAUAUGCGGUCAUUUUUGGGGAUGAUGAGGUUUUUCUUUGGGGUUCGAGUUUAUGAUACAAAAUUCAUGAUGGGAUGCAUUAGUGGCUUGCACGGUGGAUUGGAGAGGGUGGCUAUGUUACUUGGUGUUGAACGAAUAACGGGAAGCAGGCACCAGGCAGGAUCUGAUAGCUUGUCAAGUCUACAAACAUUCGUGAGAUUUAAGGAGUCGUGUGCUAAAAUUGAUCUCGAGAAAUUGAAUGGCUAUGAGGGAAUGAUGUUUGGACUGUGUGAAGGCUGGUUAGGGUUCACUUACGCACCUGAUACAUUCAUGGGAACUCUAGUUUGA